GAGAAAGUCAAUACAAGAGAAGCUUAUUAAGAUUAGUGAUUUAAAUUGUUAUACACUGUAUACUCCAUAACAUCAGCAUAAUAUCAUAUAAUUAAGAUGUCUUUUGUCAAUAUCUGUCGUGAAAACACCGAUCCGUUUUACCGUUAUAAGAUGCCUUUGAUUCAAUCAAAGGUUGAAGGUAGAGGUAACGGUAUUAAGACUGCUAUUUUAAACUUGGACGAAGUUGCCAGAGCCUUGGCUAGACCUCCAUCAUACGUCGUGAAGUACUUUGGUUACGAAUUAGGUGCCCAAACUUCCGACAAGGGCCGUUAUAUUGUGAAUGGUGCUCAUGAUGCCACUGAAUUCCAAGAUUGUUUGGAUGGAUUUAUUAACAAAUUCGUCUUGUGUGCUUCAUGUAAGAACCCUGAAACUGAAAUUCAAAUCAAGGAAAAGGGUGUUUUACAAAGAGAUUGUAAGGCUUGUGGUCACAUUUCCUUCUUGGACCCAAGACAUAAAUUGAUAACGUUUAUUUUAAAGACUGCUGGAUCUGGUAAGAAGGGUAAGAAGGCUGCUACUGCCAGUGCCAUUGGUGGUGGUCAAUCUAUUACUGAAAUUGCAUCUGGACAAAAAUCCGCUUCAUCUGCCGCUACUGCUUCUGGAAGUGGUGAAGUUGCUGGACAUGACGAUGACGAUGUAUUAACCAAGAAAAUUAAGGCUGAAGCUGCUGCCUUAGAAGAUCAACAAAUUCAAGUUGCUGACGAUGACUGGGCUGUGGAUAUGUCCAAGGAAGCCAUUGAAGCUAGAGCUAGAGAAUUAGAAGGUUUAUCCCUUGGUACCGAAAACCAAGAACAAAUCAAGUUCAAUGAAUUUGGUGAAUGGUUAUUACAAGAAACUGGUGAAUCUAAGGAUGACCUUCCAAGUGAUGUUGAUAUUUAUAAGAAAAUUGUAGAAUUGGAAAUCUUGGAACAACCGGAAACUGUACAAGUCUUAGCUCAAGUUUUAUUCGAUGAAGAUAUUGUUGAACAAAUUGAUGAACAUUUGGGAUUGUUGGCUAAGUUGAUUAACCACGAUGAAGAUUAUGAAAAGGCAUUCUUGGGUGGUUUGGAACGUUAUUUGGGUUUGGAAAACCAAGCCUUGAUUCCUGCUGUUCCAAAGAUCUUAAUGGCUGUUUAUGACAAGGACUUGAUCAGUGAAGAAGUUAUUGUUGCUUGGGGUUCCAAGGUUUCUAAGAAGUACGUACCAAAGGAUGUUUCCAAGAAGGUUCGUAAGGCUGCCAAGCCAUUUGUUAAGUGGUUGCAAGAAGCUGAUGAAGAAAGUGACGAAGAGUAGAUUGAGUAGAGUAAUACAUUAAAUAAAUAAAACGUAUUUUAACAGAGUAAGAAAUUUUCCGUGUAUUAUUAGAUAGCUAAAAA